CGGCAGUCGCGCCCACGACCAGCUGCCAGACAUGUCGCGCUGCGUCGACGGCCUGCGCCGCUGCAACAAGGUAAAUCCUGAGGAGCCGCCCAUCCCUCCGGACCCUGAACUCUGGCAGCGGAGGGACGAGUUUUUCGGCUGUGAGGACCAAGCUGCCGCAGCACCUCCGACGGUGCCGACACAGCCCCAGGUGCAGAGCAGGCAGAAACAGGACCAGCAACAGAGCAAGAAGCAGGAGAAGCAAAAGCGCAAGCAAGAGCAGCAGCAGCAGCAGAAAGCUAAGGAAGAACAGCAGCAGCAGCAGGAAGAGCAGCCGGUGGUGGAGAGACGCAAGUCCGGCGGGCGAGCCAAGCGGGUGCGCAGCUACCUGAAGAAGUGCCGGCGGGCCGCCUCCGGAGGCUCGUCGUCUUCGCAGGGCGCGGAGGAGCCGGCCAGGACCUCCUCCUGGUACGUGGAGCACUACCACGUGGCGGAGCAGAGCCAGGAGCACGUGUGCGAGGAACACGUCUGCGAACUGCCACUCGACAGGGUCGAAGUGCUGCGGGCACGCGACCUCUACGAUGACUCCGCCGACGCGUCCGACGGCGCCGCGUCCGCCGAAGACGGGGAGCUGGCGGCGCCCGACGCCGCCCGGGAGGUGGCGCCGCGGGACGACGCGGAGGUGGUGCGCGGCGAGCGGCGGGCGUCGUCCGGCGGCGGCGGGAGACGGCCGGCCGAGGAGGACGUGCUGGACUCCAGGAACGAGGGCGGCACGGAACGCGGCGCGGCCGCCGCCGAGGAAAUUCCCGAGGAUCGGACGAGUGCAGGAGGCAGGUGCACUGCGGACAAGUCGGUGAGCGCGAAUCUGGACGCAGAAAGUGCCGGAACGGAGGACCGCGACAGGUGCGAGCAGAGCGCGGCCGCGUGCGACGGCGACGCCGCGCUGCCGGCGUCGGACGGCGAGGCCGUCGAGUGGCAUGACGCCCGGUCCGAGACGCCGGAGCCCGCCGCUGCCCCCGGCGCCGCCGCCAUUGAGACUCCCAUCGCGCUGCCCGAGGUACGCCGCGCCUCCUGUUGA